AUGGAUCUCAUCGUAAAACCAAUGAUUGAGCUUCACAUGUCAGAGGAAGAAUAUUGCUUACUGAAAACGCUUUCACUGUUUCAACAAGACUGCAUAUUGUCGGAAAAUGGCGCUGCGAUGUGUAGCCGAGUACGAGAUCGCCUACUCGAAGGACUCAGUACACAUAUAGAACGGCGCUUUUCGAAUCUUUCUCCUGUGCAGCGCUCA